AUGGGUGGGGACUCGUCUCCUCCCCUCAGCGGCUCCCCUCAGCGGCUCCCCUCGGUGGCUCCCCUCGGUGGCUCCCCUCGGUGGCUCCCCUCGGCGGCUCCCCUCGGCUCUCACCGCAACUGCAGUCCCUUGGUGCGGUCUCGGGAGCGGAUUCCGAGGGCACAGCGGGAGUGUUGUCACCUACCCCCGGGGAAAUGUGGGCCGCCCACUCGGCGGGUACAGCCCCUGGUGUCCUUCCGCUGCUGUGAGCCCGCACAGGACGCGCUGCUCUGUCCCAACAUGGUGGCCGCUGCUUCCUCCCGCUUUCUGGCCGGGGGGGGACUGGCCGCGGACGUCGAAGGAUGCUCCUUUUUUCCUGGGUUUAUGCUACACAAGCCAGGGAGCAGUAAAAGCCAGCUGCUUCCCAAGGAAUAUGGAGCCAAGAGUGAGAACACAACCAGCAAGACAAGAGCUUCACACCAGCCAGGACUCCAUCCCACAAUAUCCAAGCAAGGUGAGCAGGGCAGGUCCAGUGAUGUUCAGAGGAUCAGGCAAGUUGAUGGUGAUGAGGCAAGUACAAGAUGGUGUAACUUACUCAGCACCUCUCAGUCAUUUCUGGAAAGAGGAAUGGAAUCCCUCCAAAUUUGGCAACCUUGUAAUCACAGUGACUUCAGCUGCCCCAUCUGUCUCCAGACAGCUACUCUCCCAGUAGAAACCAACUGUGGACAUUUAUUCUGUGGUUCCUGUCUGAUCACCUACUGGAAACACAGUCCCUGGUUAGCAGCAAUAACCUGCCCUCUCUGCAGGCAAAAGGUGGUUCUUCUGGAUAGCAUCUCUUGUGAAAAGAAACAUGAUAAACCAAGUAAACAAAUUGUACAUGACAUUAGAGAUUACAACAAGCGUUUCUCAGGGCAACCUCGACCUUUUGCAGAUUACCUUUAUGACAUGCCCUUAUUCCUGACUCUUGCCUUGCGAGGAAUCUUCACCUGGGGUGUUCUGGUGUGGCUUUUUUUCCUGCGAGUUGCUGUUUGCUCCUUUGGAACUAUUGUAUGCUUGUCUUCCCCAUUUGACAUGAAGCCUGGGCCUCUCUGUAGGACACUUGGAACCGCCGAUGACAUGGUGGUUGUUUCCCUUCUUUUAAUUUGCUUGAUAAACAUAUGUCAGCAAAUUGCACCUAAUGGGGCGAGUAUGGCAAGGUCUGCAGCUCAGAGCAUGCUGUCAGAGGCCUGA